AUGUCAAGUGGCUACAACUAUAAUCAAGCAAGCGGCUAUAGACCUCCACCACAACAAGGUGGCGGUGGGUAUGGUGCACCGCCUCCAAACUACGGAGCAGCACCUCCUCCACAGGGUUACUAUGGACAACAAGGACCACCACCUCAAUCUUAUCAAUCGCCUCCACCGCAACAUCAACAGGCUGUGGCUCGCCCACCACCACCACAACAACAUUCUGGACUUACUGGACCACCACAUUCUGGACCUACUGGUGGAGCACCACCACAGCCACCGCCAGGAGCAGAUCCACAACUCUAUUACUGGUUCCAGGCUGUUGAUACUGAUAAGAGUGGGGCAUUAACCACGGAAGAAUUACAGAGAGCGUUAAUUAAUGGUGAUUGGAGUCCGUUCAACAUAGAAACUGUGCGUUUAAUGAUGAAUAUGUUCGAUACCGAUAAUACUGGCACCAUCACUUUUAAUGAGUUUGCUGGUCUCUGGCGAUACAUUGAAGACUGGAAAAAAUGUUUCCAAACCUUUGAUGCAGACAACUCAGGCACUAUCAACUUUAGCGAAUUGAAAACGGCGCUAAGAACAUUUGGAUAUAAUCUGAGUGACAACUUUGUUAAUCUUUUGAUCAAGAAAUAUGACAAAUAUGGGGGAAAACAAAAUGCAGGAAAGGGAGACGUUACUUUUGAUAACUUUGUGCAAUCCUGUGUCACUAUUAAAACGCUCACAGAUGCAUUCCGUCGUUACGAUACCGAUAAUGAUGGCUGGAUUUUAAUCAAUUACGAACAGUUUUUGGAAUUAGUCGUCACUAAUCGAUAA